UCCUCCAAACUCACUACUCAAAGAUUAUAAACUGAAAUUGAGAAAGGAAACAGAGGACCCGGAAAGCGUAAAAGGAAAAUCUCACAAGACUGUUGUGUGUUGAAUGCAAAAUUGUGGCGACGAUGAAGGACCCCUCGGUGAGAACGAAGGUGUUAGUUCGGCACCUGCCUCCGUCUCUGUCUCAGUCCGAUUUCUUUCAGCAAAUCGACCACCUCUUCGGUGACCGCCACAACUGGUUUUGCUUCCGUCCCGGAAAAAAUAGCCAUAAGCAUCAGAGGUAUUCUCGAGCCUACAUUGAGUUUAAGCGACCUGAAGAUGUUUUUGAGUUUGCGGAAUUCUUUGACGGUCAUGUAUUUGUUAAUGAGAAAGGGACUCAGUUCAAGUCUAUAGUUGAAUAUGCACCUUCACAGCGUGUUCCCAAGCCAAGUAACAAGAAGGAUGGUCGUGAAGGGACUAUAUAUAAAGAUCCUGAUUAUUUGGAGUUCCUGAAACAUAUUGCAAAGCCUGCUGAGCAUCUUCCUAGUGCAGAAAUACAGCUGGAGAGAAAGGAAGCUGAACAAGCUGGUGCUGCAAAAGAAGCUCCUAUUGUUACACCCCUGAUGGAGUAUGUUCGUCAGAAACGAGCUAUUGGAAGUGGAACCCAGAUUUCAUCAGUUGUUCGGAAGGUGAGAAGAAGAACUGGGGCCACAUCUUUUAGCAAACGUGGCUCAACUUCUACAAAACGGGUCUCUGAGAAGAAAAAGUACAUAUUAAAGGAUGCAGCUAAAUAUACAAGUCGAAAGGACAGGUCAACUUUCAAUUUGGUGCCCAGGCGAGAGGAUCAGUUGGCUAGUUCAAGUGGAAAAGAUACGAUGGGAAAUGAAAUUGGUUCUGUUUCGGGAAUCCCUGUGAUUGCAGACUCUGGAAGGACAAAAAUCCUACUUAAGCGGGAAAUACCUCCUGCUCCUGAAGGUAUGCCACAACAUCAGGCAUCCAUAGGAAGUUCUCCUGUUUCAGCUGCUCCAAAGCAGAACCAAAGGCGUGAUGCUAGUGGAAGAUUUCUCAGAAGCAUACUUUCACAUAAUGAGGGACGCCAAAGAGAAACUUCAGCUGAAGUUCAGUCUCAGCAGAAAAUCCUGGGUCCGAACUCGGACAUUAAGCGUGUGUCGCGACCCUCCAAUACACGGUUAGGGUUGAAUAAUGAACCUAAUUCAAUGAGCUCUGAAGGGGACAGAAGGAGGGCUACAGUCGAUAAAUUUACGAAGAAGGACGUGCAUGGUACAACUAACGUUAAUGAGAAGCAAGACAAGCAUACAAGAAACAAGGAUAGACCAGAUCGUGGUGUUUGGACUCCUCUUCGUCGUGCUGAGAGUUCCCAUGCUAGUGAUGAGCACUUAUCAUCCUCAGCUUCACAACGACCUCAACUGCUAUCUGAUUCAGUUGAAGUUCCCCAUGGAGAAGUGAAAGCUGACACAUCUUAUGGAAGCAGGACUGGGGAAGUUAUAACUUCCACAGGUGGGCGUAGUCUUACUCAUGUAGACAAUGGUCCCCAUCAACAUUUUGGUCGCCGUGGAACUGCCCCUAGUACGAAAGAUGCUGGCUCUCUAAAUAUAAGUGAGGGGAAGUCAUCUAAAAGAGGUGCUGCUGUUCAUGGUGCCCCUGAGAAACAAGUGUGGGUUCAGAAAUCAUCUUCCGGGUCAUAGAAUAUCCAACUUUGAGAUGCAGACCAAUUCAUGACUGAUUGCUACCAUUUUUGUAGUAACCAAACACAGGCCAUCCUUGCCUGCUCAUGGUGUAGUUUAAAAUCAUCAUGGUUCAGGUGAAAUCAGAUCCUAUGAUUCAAUCGUUUGUAUAUCCAAGGCAAUCAUCUCUAGAAUUGUGGCUUGAGGCCUCCACUGAAGAUGUGGUGGAAAAGGAGGUAUACCUAAAAGGAGAGCUUUGGUUGGGCCAAAUUAGGAUUUUUCUUAGGUGUGAUCCAACUCGUGCCGAAGCCACAAGUGCGAAGUUGUGAGGUCCUAGGGACAAGCUGACAGUAUGAGAGAUGGUUGACUUUCGAUUUUCAUUUUAGAACUCUAUUGUGAUGCCAUAUGUAUAGGUCAAGUAGUGAAGUAUUUGGUGGGAAAAAGACACUCGACGUACUCGCUUCAUGUUGCAUAGUGGGUGGACUUCCUAGUGUACAAGAACCUUUGACUGAACUUGUGGUGAACACUGUUGUUUUAAGGUGUUGAUAAUUAUACAUCUUACAGAUCUUUGGGCUGUAUGAGGCUAAGACAGUACAGUAAUUGAUUUGCUAAUGUUAUGAUUUGCUUAUGUUAAUUGGUCAGCCUUUGGUAUAAA